UAAUUUAAACAUUUGAGUCACGAUCACGUCACUGGUUACAGUUUGCCGUGUCAUGUUUAAAAUUGAGGACUUCGACUGAGCCCAGGGUCCCUGCUUGUCGACUAGGUAGGGUAUCGGGUGGUUACGACGCGUGAUCCUUCUGAUCGAGAUGCUCGUUCCCCAAGCUUCAGCGGGCGACUUGGAAUAGCAUGUGAAUCUUGCUUUACGCCGCAGUCAACAAUAUUCAAGCUACAUGCAUAUCAUAGAGGCCUAUAAAUACCAGAGUCUGGGCCAGGCAAACCAGUCAUAGCUCCAUCAGCGUCCGAGGCUUUUAGGAUACCAUUAGCCUGCUCUUACAAGCAUGGGACACAGCGUACAUAUUCUGGUACGGGCACAGCGGUUAAAACUAACAUUACCUAACAGGAAAGGCAAACUCAGAGGACAAUAAAGAUGACACGGGAUGCAUACAUCCUGCUGGUUGUAAGGCCAUACAGACAGUGCUUUAAUAGAAAACAUACGCCGACCAUGAUCCCAAUCAUUAGACGUGUGGGACGAGUAUUGAAACAUUACCUGAUCUUUCUCACCAGACGCUGGAUCCAGUUACUUGUAGUCAUAGCAAUGACGAUGUAUCUGUUGUCGUGGGUGUACCCAGGCAGGUCAUUUUACUACCCCCAGGAUCGGCAGGUGAACCGCCUGGGUUACAAGUACAUCACCUCCCCCCAGAACGUGUGUGGUGGGACCAACAACCCUUCUGUGCUCAUCUUCGUCUUGUCGACUGCCCAAGCAUAUGCCAAGAGACAGGCCAUCAGGGACACUUGGGGGAGCGUCUCCAGAAGCGGCAGGUGGCCAUCCAGACGCAUACCCGCCACUGUGAAGGUAGUUUACCUUUUCGGACAUUCGCGGGAAUUCACGUUAAUCCACAGGCUCCAAAGAGAAGCAUCUGUGUAUGGCGAUAUCCUUCAGAUAGGGAUUGAGGAGUCCUACGGACUUCACGUCACGAAGAAAAUAUUAAUGGGGUUCAAAUGGGCGAGGGAGCAUUGCCCCGGGACACAGCACGUGAUGAAGGUGGAUGAUGAUGUGUUCGUAGAUCUACCGCAGGUCCUUCAUAGACUUCAGUCCCCAGAGUGGUCCUCGUAUCUAUGUGGGCACGUUGUGCUUUUGUCUGUGACUCGGAGGUCAGGGAAGUAUCAGUUAAGUUUCCAGGAAUACCCGUACAUUCUGAUACCUCCCUACAUCCUUGGAUACUUCUAUGUUAUGCCUAUGGACGUCUCGUCCAAGCUUGUGGAUGUUUCAGAAUACGUGCCAUAUCUGAGAAUGGAGGAUGUUUACAUCACGGCCAUUUUGUCCAGAAUGAUCAAAGUGCAGAUCAAAGGAUUUCAAACGUUUUUCUCGGACAGGAAUUAUGACGUUGAUACGUGUGAUUUUGUGUCUCAAAGGCGGGACGCAAGUGUAGAUGUCAGUCCCGACAAAAUGUAUUUGGUGUGGAAGACAUACAGCGAUGACAAUAUAUGUAAAUACGUUUGAAAUAAAGACUUCAGGGCGAUUUUU